AUGAAUGCGAAUAUUGUACAUAAAAAUCCUAGUCCAUAUUUGAAAAGCAAUUAUGUAUCAAUAUUCUUUUUUAGUUGGUUAGGUAAUUUAUUGAGUAAAAGUCACAAAAAAGCACUAGAAGUAUUUGAUUUAUAUGAUGUAUUACCUGAGCUUAAUUCUAUACCAUUAACAGAUAAAUUGGAAAGUAAAUGGUUUGAUGAAAUAAAUAAAGCAAGACAACAAAAUCGUGAACCAAGUUUGUUACGUGCAACAAUAAGAAUGAUUGGAGUUAAACCAUUACUUAAUGGUCUAUUAUUAAUACCAGUUGAGCUGACAAAAGUACUGCAACCAGCAUUGUUAAUAUAUUUGCUUGGCUAUUUUCAACCGUGUUCGACAAUGUCAACAUUAACAGGAUGGUUAUUAGCUUCAGGGAUUAUAUUAAUGCCAGUAAUUACUACCAUAUUCUUUCAUCCGUAUUUUUAUCGUAUGCAAAUGUAUGCAUUGCAAUUAAGAUUAGCUUAUUCAGGGCUUGUUUAUAGAAAAGUUUUACGUUUAUCCGGUAGAUCAGCAAAUACAAUUAGUUCUGGACAAAUAACGAAUAUAUUAUCAAACGAUGUUAGCCAAGUUGAGACAGCAUUACAUUUUAUUAAUCAUUUAUGGGUCGCACCAUUAGAAGUAAUGAUUGUUCCUAUUUUCUUUUGGUAUUUUGGUAGUAAUUUCUAUGUAUCGUUUAUUGCUAUUGGUUAUACAGUGAUGUUAUUCUGUUUUCAAUCUUUAUAUGGAAAACUUCUUGUUAAAUUUCGGUAUGUUUGAUUGCUAUUCAGCUUCGAAAAUGUAUCGCCUAUAGAAGUAUGAAACCCGGCUCGAAGGACGGAUUCAAGUUUGAGAAUUUUUUGUCAGAAGGGGUUCGAGGUUCACCUCUUUCUCCUCUUCCCCAUUAUCAAUGCUUGUAAUACCAGUCAAUUCAGAAAUAUUGGAACGUGUAUUUGGUGAAAUUGGAUGAGGAAUAUUAGAAGCAAGAAGACAACAACUGACGAGGGAAGUACCCCAACUGAUAAAUCGCUUUUUCAACGAAACCGAGUGGACUAUAGGUAGUCGACGAUGCUGAUUCUGAAUAUCACCAUGAAUGUUGCUGCUAGGCCUUCAAAGAUCGGUCUUCUGGAACACCAGUUUUCGAGAAACUCUAAACAACAACCAAAACAUUUCUUAAUGAGGCGUAAUUGUAGUCCAUAAAUUUCUGAUUAAAACGAAGCAUCUUCCAGCUCUACACGACCUUUCUUUGCAAAGUUAUAGAGUUUACAAGAAAAGCCCUAAAUUCAUUUUUCGUUUUUCUUUCUGUAGCUCUGAGGUGACAAUGAACAUUUAGGGCUUUUCUUGUAAACUCU